AAUCGAUGAAGUUCUUCUCUCUGGUUUUGGAAACCUUAACCUUCCCCCUUCCCCCUUCCCCCUUCCCCCUUCUUCUUCUCCGUCUGAAGUCAUGCCUCAUGCUACUCUAAAUCAGUAUCAUCGCUGAUUGGAACGAAGGAAGGAGAGAGAAAGCAGAGAAUGGAGAACGAGAAGAGCUGCAAUAAACCUAACAACCCUCCCCGAAACGUCAGGACCAAAAUUCCAGUGGUGGCAAUCUGCCUCUUUGGACGAGGCAAAAGCCUCAUCGACGUCUUCAAAUCCAGCCUUGGAGGUUGGGAUCAGAACCAGUUGAGGUCUCCGACAUUCUCGAAAAAUAUGGUUUCAAAUCGAUUCUCGCCUUCAAUCCUGAUUCAGGAAGAGGCUUUUCAAUCCUCGAAAUGGUAGACCCUUGCUCCUUUAUAUGGAUCUGUGAUCUUCGUAUAUAGAGAGCCAAAAGCGGCAGUACUACGAGCUCUGAAAGAACAAUGGAAAAACACGCCACCAAGCUGGGAGAGGUCAGACGAUCCUUGUGGAGCACAGUGGGAAGGAGUAACCUGCACAAAUUCCAGGGUGACUGCCUUGGGAUUAUCGACUAUGGGCCUCAAAGGUACACUAAGUAGUGGUGACAUUGGGCAACUCACGGAAUUGAUAUCCCUGGAUCUUUCAUUCAACCGAGGCCUCACGGGUACUCUCUCCCCACAAAUAGGAAAUCUCCAAAAGCUUAACAUUCUGAUCCUGGCUGGCUGCAGCUUCACUGGCACCAUUCCAAAAGAAUUAGGCAAUUUGGGAGAGUUAUCUUUCUUGGCUCUGAACUCGAACAACUUUAGUGGUGCUCUACCUCCGUCGUUAGGAAAUCUUUCCAAACUUUACUGGCUGGACCUGGCAGAAAAUCAACUGACAGGAACUCUUCCUGUUUCAAACUCUACGACCCCAGGCUUGGACCUCCUCUUAAAGGCAAAGCACUUCCAUUUUAACAAGAACCAAUUAUCUGGUUCUAUUCCGCCCAAACUUUUCAGCUCCAAGAUGGUUUUGAUCCAUGUACUAUUUGAUGGAAACCAGCUAAGUGGGAAAAUCCCAUCUACAGUAGGACUUGUUCAAACACUUGAGGUUCUUCGCCUGGAUAGGAACUCUCUAAUAGGACCGGUCCCAUCUAACCUCAACAACCUCACAAGCAUCAAUGAACUGAAUUUGGCACAUAAUCAACUGACAGGCUCAGUGCCUGACCUAACUGGAAUGGACUCCCUCAAUUACGUGGACUUGAGCAAUAACUCAUUUGCCCAAUCAGAAGCUCCAAGUUGGUUCUCAACCAUACAAUCUCUCACUACUCUUGUAAUGGAAUAUGGAAUACUUCAAGGAAAAGUGCCACAAAAGCUUUUCAGUUUUCCACAACUACAACAAAUAAAACUUAGGAACAAUGCAUUGAAUAACACUUUGGACAUGGGAGACAGCAUUAGCCAGCAACUGCAGCUUGUUGAUUUGCAAAACAACCACAUUUCCUCUGUAACAUUGAACUCUGCGUAUAGAAAUACUCUAAUACUAACUGGUAACCCGGUCUGCACUACUGGUAUCUCAAAUACAAACUAUUGCCAACUUCAGAAACAAACAACAAAUCCCUAUUCAACCAGCCUAGCUAAUUGUGGAACCAAAUCAUGUCCCCCUGACCAGGGGCUAAGUCCUCAGAGUUGUGAGUGUGCAUAUCCAUAUGAAGGGACAUUGUAUUUUAGAGCACCUUCCUUUCGAGAUUUGUCCAACAUCUCUACAUUUCAUGCAUUGGAAAUGAGCCUGUGGAUCAAGCUUGGCCUAACCCCUGGUUCAGUCUCUCUUCAGAACUCCUUCUUUAAUGUGGAUGACUAUCUUCAGAUCCAAUUAGAACUCUUUCCGUCCAUCGGAAAUGGAAAGUAUUUUAAUCGGUCAGAAAUACAGAGGAUUGGGUUUUACCUGAGCAAUCAAACAUAUAAGCCUCCUCCUGAGUUUGGACCUUACUAUUUCAUUGCAUCUCCUUAUGCUUUCCCAGUUGAACUUGGAGGAACUUCUUUAAGCAUAGGUGUAAUUGUCGGAAUAGGAACUGGUUGUGGUGUUCUCAUCCUCAUACUCAUGGGUGUUGGAAUCUACAUAUUUCAACAAAAAUGGCGUGCUGAGAAAGCCAUUGAGUUGAGUAAGCCAUUCGCAUCAUGGGGUCCUAGCGGUGAAGAUAGUGGUGGUCCUCCACAAUUGAAAGGGGCCAGAUGGUUCUCAUAUGAUGAACUCAAAAAGUGCACCAGCAAUUUUUCAGAAAGCAAUGAAAUUGGAUUUGGGGGCUAUGGCAAGGUUUAUAGAGGGAUGCUCUCAAGUGGACUUGUGGUGGCAAUCAAAAGAGCUCAACAAGGAUCAAUGCAGGGUGGGCUUGAGUUCAAGACUGAAAUUGAGUUGCUUUCUCGGGUUCAUCAUAAGAACCUCGUGGGACUUGUUGGAUUUUGUUUUGAGCAAGGAGAACAAAUGCUGGUUUAUGAAUUUAUGCCUAAUGGGACACUUAGAGACAACUUGUCUGGGAAAUCAGGCAUUCCCUUGGAUUGGAAACGAAGACUUUGCAUUGCUCUUGGUUCAGCUAGAGGAUUAGCAUAUCUUCAUGACUUGGCUAAUCCUCCUAUAAUUCAUAGAGAUGUCAAGUCUACUAAUAUUCUAUUGGAUGAAAAUUUAACUGCAAAAGUUGCAGAUUUUGGCCUGUCAAAAUUGGUAUCAGAUAGUGGCAAGGGGCACAUAUCCACUCAAGUUAAAGGCACAUUGGUGAGUAUUACUAGCUAUUAUAUAGAAACUUUCUGGUUUAGAAAUGGCUAAUGCACUUGAUAGGAC